AUGACGAACACUAAAGGAUAUCGCCGCGGUACGCGGUACAUGUUUGCAAGGAAAUUCAGGAAACAUGGAACAUUGCCAUUGGGGAUUACUAUGCGUGUUUACAAGCGUGGUGAUAUCGUGGACAUAAUUGGCGAUGGUGGUGUGCAAAAGGGUAUGCCGCACAAAUCUUACCACGGGAAAACUGGACGUGUGUACAACGUCACAAAGCACGCUCUUGGUGUCAUCGUUAAUAAGCGCGUUGGGUAUGUUUUUUUAUUUCUUAUUAAUGAACAUGAAGGAACCUCGAGCAUGUGCGCCCAAGUAAAUGCCGGGAAGCAUUCCUUAAGCCCUAUCGGUCCAAGCCCUGCUCACCUUGUCCUGACGAAAAAGCAGCCCGUCGUUACCCUUCAACCACUACCUUACGAGCUUAUUGCCUAA